GACGAUAACCGGCAUGCCUAGUUGUAGGUGUGUUGGCCUAUAUAAAUGACAGGCCUUUGUUUCUGACACAGCGCUUCCGCCAACAAGCAAGCAAGAACAAAGAGGAGAUAUGGACAGCUGGCUGAGGAAAAUGGUGGGCGCAGCCGUCAAGACGGGUCCAGUGCCACAGCACGUUGCCUUCAUCAUGGAUGGCAACCGUCGCUGGGCAAGGCGCGCGAAAACAGAGACAGUGGCAGGGCACAGCAUGGGCUUUAGCACUCUCAAGAAGACUUUGGAGUGGUGUCUGGAUCUUGGCGUUCACAUGGUGACUGUAUACGCAUUCAGCAGCGAGAACUUCAAGCGGUCGGAGAAGGAAGUUGGCGACCUCAUGAAACUGGCAGAGGAGAAGUUCAUCCAGCUUCUCAACGAAGAAGAGAUGAUCCACCGCCUGGGCGUAUGCGUACGUGUGCUUGGCGAUGUGAAGCGGCUGCCACCAUCGUUACAGCAAGCGAUAGGCAAAGCCGUCGACAUAUCCAAGGACAACACGAGAGCGAUAUUGAACGUGUGCUUUGUGUACACUGCGCGAGAAGAAAUGGCGAUGGCGGCGCACGAGAUCACGCAGGCCGUGCAAGAGGGGGAACUGUACGAGAGCGACAUUACGGAGCAUCUUGUUGAGCAGUGUCUGUACACGAAUGCGUCGCCGCCCCCAUCGCUUAUCAUCCGCAGCAGCGGAGAGGUUCGCUUGAGCGAUUUCCUUCUCUGGCAGGGCGCUUAUGUUCACCUUGCGUUCAGCCCCGUGCUCUGGCCCGACUUCUCGUUCUGGGACCUUGUCAAGUGCUUUCUCCAGUACCAGCAGUCACACAACGCAAUCACCACUGCCCUCCGGCGGCGGGCUGAGCAUCUCAGCACACAGCAGCUUGACCUUGACACCGCUGCAGUCGUCCACAACAGUAAAGAUGGAUCCCUCCCACCAGCACAGGUGCGGCGUCUUGUUGAGCAGCGGCAGGAGGGGCGGGCCAGGCGCGUGCAGGCGUUUCUGUCGACCUUGCACGACAGGCGUAACAGCUUCUUCCACUCGCUCGCAGCCAAGGCGCAGGCAAACAAGAACACGCGCGCGCAAGAGUAGAUGCAGGGCGGUUGUGGCGGUGUGUUGUGCUUGAGGGCGGUGGCACUGGUGUGGGCUGGCAUCUCUCGCACACGCAUUUGUGACCUCUGUCCACAUGAUGUGCACGAUGAAAAAAAAAAAAAAAGGAACACACACACACACACACACACA